AUGAGCACCUUCUUAGAUUACUCUGUGAUGAGCGGCGGCGGCGGGCCAGGCUCCGCCAGAGCCCUUUAUCCAGAUCACGGAGCCGCGGCUUUCCCUUCCUGCGCUGUCAGCGCUAAUAACUGUGUGGAGGGUGAUCGCUUUAUCGCGACCAGGGGGUCAUCUGGUGGCAUCGCACCUCUCCCUCAGCAGCCGGGGUCCUACCAGCCGCAAGGCCCCCUGGGUAUUACAUAUGCCACCCAACACGGCAGCGGCUCCAGCUACGGCGCUCAGGCUUUCUGUGCCAGCUAUUGCGCGCUGAAUCAAGACCUGGACUCCAGCGCCGGAUACCCCCCGUGCGGCUCUAUAGUUUACUCGGGGAAUAUUUCGUCGGCCGGGGCGCAGCAUCGACGGGGUUGUGGUGGAGCGUCCCUGGACCAGCUCCAGUACACUCACGCGGCAUAUGGACAAGGGCAACCCAAUCUGCCCUUCGCAGGAUGCGCGAGCUCCCUGUCGCCUCUGCAGGUCGCGCGCCGCAGCUCGUGCUGCUCGCCGCUGUCCCAGAGCUCUCCUCCGGCUCAGACGUUCGACUGGAUGAAAGUAAAAAGAAACCCUCCUAAAACGGGCAGAGCCGGCGAAUACGGCUUCGCCGGCCACCCCAACACGGUCAGGACCAACUUCACCACCAAGCAGCUGACGGAGCUCGAGAAGGAGUUCCACUUCAACAAGUACCUGACCCGCGCCAGGCGCGUGCAGAUCGCGGCGGCGCUGCGCCUCAACGAGACGCAGGUGAAGAUAUGGUUCCAGAACCGCAGGAUGAAGCAGAAGAAGCGCGAGAAGGACGGACUGCUGCCCAGGUGCUCGUUUGGUAUCGCCGAGCACGAGGAGAAGGCAGAAGACGACUCUCAAAAAGCGCUCUCUGCCCCGUCCACGCCAUCUCCAGCCUCGUCCACGGGAUCCUCUACAGCUGAUCCCUAUAGCUGUACCUAGAUCGCACGUGCAUCCCACUGGAAAUCUUAUAACGAUUUAAAUAACUAUUUCCCAAAGCAUUAUACAAUCAGGAAUGCUGAGAUAAUCAUAUUUAAAAAUAUAUUCGACGAGUUUCCAAGUCAGAUGUAUAAUAGGGUAAACUGAGUAAAUUAUUACACGAUAGACAAUUAUCACGAGCAACUGACAGGGAAAGUACCCAAAGAAAUGCACUAGCCUAUUCGAGCACUUACAGCGAGAUAAAAUCCAGUCUGGACCUUUAAUUUCGCGUGUUGUGAAAGGUUGUUAUAAUUAACCAAGUGUCGUUAAUAAGCCUCCAGGGGUCUGACAGUUAAGCGUUUUUACUUUUUUAACUAAAGGAGCUGCGACACCUCGUGAUGCUGAAACGUGUGCGCGCGCACCGCGGCAGUUUGCACCUUGCACUAGUGAUGGGCUUGGGUGCGCCCGAACUGCUCGAGAGAAGUCGCGCGGAUUCUGAAGUCAUAUAGCCUAUACUGUGCAGUGCUGAAGACUGACUACGCUGAUAUGCGCUGCUUUCUUCGAGUUAAAGUCAGUACGGGUCCUCCUCCAACCUGUGCUGGCACAUUCUUUAAAUACCUCGUAAUUCCUACCUGGUUGAGUUACUGGCGCCAUGGGACUGUCUCGUGUCCAGUGGAUUGUUUAUGUGACGUUUGCAUGAUGUCCAAUGCCUCCCCGUGCUGUCUUUGACACUGGGUUUAUCAGUUAGAAAUGAGCUGACAUCUGUUACCGUUUAAAUGAACGCAACACAAAAAUGUUUUUUUUUUUUUUUUUACUUCCUUUAGAGCGGAGC